AUGAAACAGGCAUCAACUAUUCUUUUUGUUAUAUUUCUUGGGACUUUUAUAUUUUUUUCUCAUGGAUGUAAUAUUAAGUUAAGAAUUACUAGUGAUACUGAAAAUGAAUUUAAAUUCCAAGUUACUGUACCCUCUAUUGAAUAUGAAAGUGAACCAUUAACAUUUGAGAAACAAAAAGAAACCCGAUUAUUACAUAUUAAGGGAAAAAAUUGUAACCAAAAGAAAUGGAAAAUUCAAACAUGGAAGAAAGAUGAAGAAAGUGGUGCUUUCAUCAGAGCCAAAACUCUUGAAGCCAAAUUUGAUGGUACUGGUUAUAUGAGAUUGAUGGUUGGUGAUGACUAUAAACCUUGGAUAAAUGACAGAGAAGGAAUCUUCUGUUCAGAAGGACAAUGUAUGUAA